GUGGAAUGCCAACGAAAAUAAUUACUGAUCGAGGGACUGCGUUCACAGCGAAAGAUUUCGAGAGGUUUUGUACUCGGAACCAUAUUCGACAUAUUAAAAAUGCAGUAAGAACUCCACGAGCAAAUGCUCAUGCCGAACGGACUAAUCGAACAAUAUUAUCGAUGCUGUUACCAACAAAUACGGUUGACAAACGAUGGGACGAAAAUAUGGUAAGAUUGAAAUGGUGCCUAAAUACGAUGGAGAAUGCGACAACGAAAUGCACACCGUACGAGUUGCUGUAUGGUUAUCAACCUCGUGAUAUACUUCAGAACGCAUUAAUUCUAACUCUACAUAACGACGACACUCUGACUACUGAUCAAUUAACGGAUUUACGCAGAACGAUUGCAGAACGAAUUACUGAUGAGCGAGCUAAAGCUAAAAGCCGAUACGACAAGCGGUACUUACAGCCAACGAAAUUUCAAGAGGGUGAUCUAGUAUUAGUCCAAAACGAGCCGUAUAGCACGGGUGAGUCGAGGAAACUAGAGCCGCGUUAUAAAGGCCCCUUCAUUAUUACUAAAGUACUCGACAAAGACCGAUAUGUAGUCAACGAUUUACCCAACUCCAAACGAACACAGCGGCAGUACACCUCGGUGUAUUCGUUCGAUAAGAUCAAGCGAUGGUGUCAGUUGCCUUACGAUGACAGUAGCAGCGAGGCUGAUAACGACGAUGAUGACGACAAUGAUAACGUUGCCGAAUCGACGGACAAAGCGGGGUCGCUUUGAGAUGUCAGGAGGCCGACUGUAAAAACACGAAAAAUUAAAAUACGAAAAUGCAACCAUGAGUGUGCAAAAAUAGCAAAUCGAGCGUUUGACGUUUAAAGAGGAGUAUGGCGAAAUACGACGCGUAGAGUGGAGGUUUUUUUUGGUUGCUUUGGAGCGAAU